GGCAUUCGUGUGUCACUUCACAGAAGUAAACCAACUGCAAUGGGAGCCAGAGGUUUUGAAAACCGAAUCUGUAAGAUUCCACUACUAUUAAUUCUCACGAGUGCAGUUCUACUCACCAUUCGAGCUGCACCAACGGAAGUAAACGAAGAGGUGACCCAUCCACCGCCCGACUCCCUGCAAACGGAGUCGCGUUCCCGUCAGGAUGAAGUCCUGGAAGUGGACGAGGAUCUGGACGGACGAAAUGCCUAUAUCAACAACCGAUUUGUGCCCAGCGAGCCAGAGUCCACAGUGUCGGAGGACGAGCAGAAUGCUCCGCUUUUUGAGAUCCUGCAGAAGCAGAUGGAGCAGGUCCUGGCCUCGUCGUCACCCAACGAUCCUGUCUACGAGCAGAACAGGGAAAAGCAGGAGCGCCGCGACCAGGAGCCACCUCAUCAACCACCAUUCUUCACUGGCGGAGAUCGAGAUGCCGACCCGUUGGAUGACUACGAGGAUGAAGAGGACCAGGGGGAUAAGAGUUAUUUGGCAGAUCCCGAGAAACCGGAUGCGAUCGCAGACCCACUCGAUGAAGAGGAUCUAGGCGAAGGUGGCUAUCAAGCACCGUCAUUGAGCCUUUUAAGGAGCACCACUCGCAGACCGCAAAGACGACGCAGCAGCACCACUGCUCAACCACGAACCACAAGGCCAAGGACCUCGGUCAGGACGACAGGCAGACCAGUGAACCAAACCAGCUCCACUGAGUCACCGCCACUUGUGAGCACGACCACGAGUCAAAGGCCCAAACUUAGUUCCAAGCCGAAUCUUCCGCCGGUAAACAGCCUGCCCAGCAAUCCACAGGUCUACCAGCACAAGCGCCGCAUCGUCUUCAAAACCAUCUCAACGGGGUCCCAGUUCAUCAACUCGCCCAUCGGUGACCUCAUGAUCAAGUUCUCCAUCGGGUUCGCCAAGCCAGCAGUUCCGGGGGGGAGGGAUCAGCCACCCAGCUCAACCUUUCCAGCCAGUUCCUCCAGCGAGGCGUUACGAGCACUAUCCCAAAACCUGAUCCGAAACUUUGAGCUGCAGAAACUCAAGAGAUCCAAUAAAGUGCAAAAAGAUUAAAAACUA